AUGCUAGAAAAUAUUGGUAAAUCAAUUAAAAAAUCAAUAGAUGGUUUAGAUAUUAAAAACUCACUGCAUUUAUCCAACAAUCACAAAGAUGAAUUUAAUGAAGAAACAAGAGUAGAGUUACAAAAAAAACUUGAUGAGGUGGUUGCAAUUUUAAAAAGUGAAAUUUCUUCAUAUUAUUUAUAUAAAGAUAUUUCAGCAAGAGUUAAAACUGUAGAGUCUUUAAACAGAAAAUUAAUUUCAAGAAAAAUAGAUAACUGGAGAGAAUUGUCAGAUUAUUGUGGAGCGGCAAUCAUCAUACACCCACUUAAAACUACAGAAGAGGUAAUGGAGAUUUUAAGAAAUCUACAUAAAACAAAUAAUAAAUGCAAAAACUUUAAAAUAGUUAAGGAAGAGAUCAAAGGUCCAAAAGAUUCAUCACAAUUUGCCUAUAGAGCAUUACAUUGCGAUGCUUUAUAUGGUGAUUGCAAAAUUGAAAUCCAAAGAGUUACACCAAAUAUCAUCACUCUGGAAAUAUCAGAAGAAAUCUGUUCAUCUACCAUUAGACAACACGGAAAAGAAGUACCAGAUGUAGGCGACACCAUUGAUGAUACUGAUGAACUUAAAUUACUUAUUGCAAAAAAACUAAAAUACAACGGACCAAUAAACGAUUGGGAAUUUAAUGUAGCUUACGAAGCUUUAAAAGCAAAAAAUGAAAUCAAAACAGAAGAAGUCGAAAGAUUGUGGAAAGAAUUUACCAAUAAACUACACGAAACUAAUAAUAAUAAUUUAAUUUUCAAAUUUUCUCAGUUUAUUAUGAUUGGCGAAACCUAUGACCCUAACACAAUAUCAAAUCCAAAAAUAAUAAAUGAUGUGCUAAACAAGUUUGAAAGCGUUUUAAAAUUUAAAACAAAUCACUUUUUUAGAGUAUAG